AUGGUGUCCUUCUGGCCUUUCAAAAGCGACGAUAAGAGCGCCGCGUCCUUCGAGAAAGAGCUCAAGCAACUGUCGACCAAAAUCACCAAAGCACAAGCACGACAUGAUUCCUUCCGCUCAAAUCAACGCCGAUUCAAAGCUUUGUGGACACUCUACACGACCUUCCUGUACCUUGUCGUGGCUGCCGUGCUCACGCUCGUGACCGGCUGGGACAAAUGGAGCUAUGCAGAGUACACUGCUGUAGCGGGAAGCCCAGUGCUGAUCUUUGGCGUGCGGACUGGACUUGAUGCAUACUACAACUACCGCGUCUCAAGUACGCAGAGGUAUCUCGACGACCUGAACAAGCAGCGAGACCAGGCCAUCUCGCGGCUCAAGAGCGCGACCAAGUAUGAUAGCACGCAGCAGUUGCUUGAGAAAUAUGGAGGGUCACCAUCAGGUAAACGACAGCCUUCACCACAGCCUCAGGGUAAGAGGAAGUCAGACAUAGGGCCAGGUAGCCAGGUAUCGCCUCAGAACAGAACUGGAUUUGCUCCACCGCCCACUGCAAACAUUCCAGGUAGGCAACCUCCGCCUACUGCGAACAUACCACGCCCAGAAGGUGCUCCUCCCAUCCUUCCACGACCGUCGACCACGAACGAGCAAAGCGGCCCGAACGAAGAGUUUGCACCCAAUGCUUUCUCCGCGCCCAGCAGACCGCCGACAAUACGACAGCCGUCAGCGCAAUACGCGGAGGGACCGAAAUGGUAUGAUCGAAUCAUGGAUGUGGUACUAGGAGAAGACGAGACGCAGGCAAAGAAUCGAAUAGCCCUGAUCUGCCAGAACUGCCGACUGGUGAAUGGACAAGCACCACCGGGAGCACGAACAGCAGAAGACAUUGGCAAAUGGAGGUGUAGCGCUUGUCACACCAUGAACGGCAUCGAGAGUGAGCACAAGCAGGUGCUCCGAGCGGCUGGCCUUGAAAGUGCCCCGACGUCACCUGUACCUCAAAGUGCAGCGCGCGCGCAUAACGACGCUCAAGCUGCUGAUAAUCAUGAGGAAGACGAAGACGAAGAAAGUGACGGGCAAGACGAGCCAACAUCAGCAGGAGCGGACACACCCCCAGCAGGCUCAACACGCAGUAAAGCGCGACAGAGGAAGAAGGCGUGA